AUGGGAACAGCAUCUUGCACGGAAAGCCGUUGCUUCUUUCGAUUCUAUCCGCAUCUUCAACAUUACCUGGAUAUCAUCUUGCAACCAUCGGUGCUGGUUGAUGACUCGGAUGUCAAUCGGUUAGUCCUGCAAUGUAUGCUGAAACGUGUGAAGCCUGAUCUGGACAUGCACAUGGCUAAUGAUGGUCAGGAAGCUAUUGAUCUCGCUGAGCAACACAAGUAUCAAACCAUCUUCAGUUGGACGCCUAUUGCCCAUAUUCGCAAAGUAGGCCGCAAUAUCGAAACUCCCAUUAUCAUCAUCACAUCCGCCAAUAUUAUCACAGAAGAUCAAAACUUUGCCCGGUGCGAAGUGUUGCUCAAGUCUUUCCAGGUCAACGAUUUGAAGGACUUCCUUGAUCGCUACAUAGUGUAG